AAGCUCUGAUCGACCGCAGACGACAGUCGCUGCCUCUUAUAGACUUGGUCCUGCUGAGGGGAGACCACUGUCAGCCAUGUCUGGUCCCCCGCCGUCUGCUUCACAACAGGGACAAUGCUGGAAAGGAGGCCCUGGAGGCAGGCCUGACGAGAGGGGGGGACAGGGGGGUCUGGUGUACCCGGGCCCGCGGCUGUCAAGGGGGCCCGGCCUUGUACAAGGGGCCCGGAGAGGUUGUCUGUCCCGGGGCCCGGGCUGGCUCUCGGCGGCCCUGCCUGGAGGAGAAAGUUCUAGAGGCGGCGGAGGAGUCGAAGUUUACCUACACGCCGUGACCGACAAACAGGCUGCACUACUUCAGAAUACAGAAAACAUACGUCUACUUGACGAGGUGAGCAAACAGUCAGGCGCUGACGUAGACUUUGAUGUCAACUCGUCACCUGUACUCGGUAGGAAGGUUGUCACCAUACGUGGUGUUCCAUCUCAGAUCGACGAAGCAGUCAAGCUCAUCAAUAAAAAGUUAACAUUAUCAGAACAAGCCCAGACAUUCUGGUUACAAUGGGUUGAGGCCGCGUUCCCUGAUCUCGACUCUGACGCCUACUUCCUGCCUCCUGUCUACUUCAACCGCGUGCCGAUGACCAGAGAGUCCAUUGCUGGUGAGAGUAUUGUGGUCCUUCAGCCAGCACCUGGAAAGGCCGGUCAGUCCAGCAAACAAGCGAUGACUCCACCUGCUGCUGGUCAGUCCUCAACCUACUCGAGUUCAGGACAGUGAUACCAGAGACGAUGCCGCCAUGAAUCGGGUUCUCAUGUGUCUGCAGACAAUGUCUAAACAGAAGAAAGAAGUUUUGGUAGGACUUAGUCAGCUGAAGUUCGGACAGUACUUGAGUGAACCUUGUUACUCAGCCGCAGUUGCCCAGUUACCUGUCGCCCUCAGUCUUCCGUCGUGUCAUCCCCGAAACUGGAAACAAGGAGACUUUGAUGUACUUCUUCUUCACCGAGAUUUUGGUUUGGUCGUACUUGAGGUGAAGACAUUUGGUGACAACCUACAGGCACUGAAAAUGUCACAGCAGGAAAUAGAUAAUAAUAUAAAACGAAAGCUUAAAGAGGCCGUGUCACAGCUGGACAAGGCGGAGGCCAUGUUGUCUCACCUGGUGUCCGACAUCGCUCCCGGUCUGCGCAUCACUAAGACCAUCGCUUUCCCCAGCCUCACGGCUCGUCAACUUCAACAGGCCAUCUCCGGCGACACCCACAUAGCUCAAGUAAAAACUGUUUCACAUCAUGAAAUUAAAAUAUUGUGUACAUUUCACUUUUUUACAGAACAAUUAAAUACAGGGUUUUUUUUACUCGUAAGCGACUUACGUUCAGAAGUAGCCCAAAUGAGUUUGUGAAGUAAUCUUAUAUGGCCACAUCUCUGUCUCACAUACUUUAACAAUUAUCUCCCUUGAAGACAAUCUAUUGUCAUGCACUGGUUGACCCCUUCUGUGGUCAGCGCUGCUGGGAAAGGCGCUCCACUGUAGCGGUGGAGUAGUAGCUAUCCCCGAGUGUCAGAGACAAGCGUUUCUACCUUUAGUGAUGCAAAGAAUACGCUCUUUCGAUCACGUGGUUGUGUUACAGGAUCUGUGUCGGUGUCUGGGAACAACAGACCCCGCCGACAUCCCAGGUCUGUGUCUGUGCUGUGAUCAGCUGUCUGACCCCAAGACACCGUGUGACGUCAGUAGUCAC